GUUACAGUGCUCAGUGAUGUGCUCCAGCUGGCGUGGCUGACUGGGCUCUGGUCGGCUGGAUCUGGGCACCAUGACUCAGCAGGCACUGCCGGCCUUGAUACUUACGCUGGCUACCGUCCUGCCUGGCACUCUGGAUGCCCAAGAGAUGCAACAGUCUCCCCGUGGCCUGAUGGCCUCUGAGGGCGACUCCGUCAGCAUCACCUGCUCCACCAGCGGGAGCCUGGAAGGGAUCUACCUGAAGAAGACCUGGCCACAGGCUCACAAGGUGGCCUACUUUGAAGAUGGGGAGGAGCCCACGGUGGACCCGCUCUUCUCAGACCGGAUUCACUUCUCCGGCUUCCAGAGGAACCUGACCAUCACUGUGAGCCACCUCCGGCAGGAAGACACCGGAGUCUACCAGUGCGCGCCUGCCACAAGAGACAGUGUCUGUGGCUCACCCACUGUGCUUGUGGUGAGAGAAAUACUGUCCCAGGAAAACUGUCCCAAUGGAUCCAAGGAAGCUGUGAUGAGCUCAGCUUCCUUCCCGGCUGUCCUUGCUGCAGGCUUCUUCCUCGCUGGGCUGACCCUGGCUGGGCUGGUCCUCGGGGUGCUGUGCAUGCUCAGGAAGCCACAGAUCAAGAAACUGAGCAUCUCCCGGGAGAAGGCCUCACAGUUCGUAGUAUAUGAGGACAUGACCUGCGGCAACCCCAAGAUUGCACGCAUCCCCAACGUGUACCAGUGAGCUUUCUGCCCACACUCCCCCACAGCGUGUUUCCACAGAGCCCGCCACCCAGCGCAGCUGCCGGGCACCCAGCACCCUUCCCGUGCCCUCAGAGCCUGCCCUCUCGGUGCCUCUGGGUGGGUGGGGCUCCUCUGCACUCUGUCCCCAGCCCUAACCAGGUAACAUGCAUCAGGAGCAAAGCUUGUGGAGAAACGCUUGUACCUGCCUAAGAGCAGCCUGGCCAGAAAAAGAAAAGAAUAAAGAAACAAAUGC